AGGGAGUGAGUGAGACGCUUAUUUUGCUUCGGUUGCUAAAGCAAGGCUUUUAAAGCUUUCUGAUUUUAAACGGUGUAGUGUCAACAUUGACUUGAGCGUAGGGGAGAAUUUAAUACUUAGUAGACGUAGAAUACUGUUUGAUUUCGGGUCAACCACGGAAUAAUGUUUGGUAGCGACUGACCGACAAAGUGAAGCUAUAACAGUUUCUAUAGGAUAAUAUUGUUUUCAAGCUUUUUUCCCUUUUUAUUUUGUUAGAGGAAGCUCGAACUAAAGGAUACUCCAUUGCCAUUUCCCGCUUCGCUGGCUACCGGGUGUUUUGCCGCAUGUAUAGAAAAUGGCAACUGCACUUAGCGGACGAAACCCUGGCGGUCGCGGACCGAACCCACGAAAAGGCCGGAUUUUAGGCAUCUUUGAUGGCAUCCAGGAUGUUGUUGGUCGACCGAAACAAGCUGCCGCCGACCGCCGAACGGUGGAGAAGACAUGGAAACACAUGGACAAAGUGGUGCGGCUAUGCCAGAACCCACGACUGCAGUUAAAGAACAGCCCGCCGUACAUACUGGAUAUCCUGCCGGACACCUAUCAGCACCUGCGGGUAAUACUCUGUAAAUACGAGGAGAACCAGAGACUGACCCAGCUGAGCGAGAACGAGUACUUUAAGAUCUACAUUGACAGCCUGAUGAAAAAAUCGAAAAGGGCGAUUCGCCUCUUUAAGGAGGGCAAGGAAAGGAUGUACGAGGAGCAGUCGCAAGACAGGCGAAACCUCACCAAGCUGUCUCUGAUCUUCAGCCACAUGCUGGCCGAGAUCAAGGCCAUCUUUCCCGGGGGGCAGUUCCAGGGCGACACCUUCCGCAUCACCAAGGCCGACGCCGCCGAGUUCUGGCGAAAGUUUUUUGGCGAGAGAACCAUCGUCCCGUGGAAGGUGUUCCGGCAGUGCCUGCACGAGGUGCACCCCAUCAGCUCGGGCCUGGAGGCCAUGGCUCUGAAGUCCACCAUCGACCUCACCUGCAACGACUACAUCUCCGUCUUCGAGUUCGACAUCUUCACCAGGCUCUUUCAGCCCUGGGGCUCCAUCCUAAGGAACUGGAACUUCCUGGCCGUCACCCACCCGGGCUACAUGGCCUUCCUGACCUACGACGAGGUGAAGGCCCGUCUGCAGAAGUACAUCAACAAGCCUGGCAGCUACAUCUUCAGGCUGAGCUGCACGCGGCUGGGCCAGUGGGCCAUCGGCUACGUCACCAACGACGGCAACAUCCUGCAGACCAUCCCCCACAACAAGCCGCUGUUCCAGGCGCUCAUCGACGGCUGCAGAGAAGGCUUCUACCUGUUCCCCGACGGGCGCAGUUACAACCCGGACCUGACCGGCUUGUGUGAGCCCACUCCUCACGACCACAUCAAAGUCACACAGGAGCAGUACGAGCUCUACUGCGAGAUGGGAUCCACCUUCCAGCUCUGCAAGAUCUGCGCCGAGAACGACAAGGACGUGAAGAUCGAGCCGUGCGGCCACCUCAUGUGCACCCACUGCCUGACCGCGUGGCAGGAGUCGGACGGCCAGGGCUGCCCGUUCUGCCGCUGUGAGAUCAAGGGCACGGAGCCCAUCAUCGUGGACCCGUUCGACCCGCGCAACGACGGCGCCAAGUGCUUCUUCCUGGAGCACUUCGCCUCGCCCAUGCUGGACCUGGACGACGACGACGACCGCGAGGACUCCCUGGUCAUGAACGGCCUCGCCUCCAUCAGGAAGUGCGCGGACAGGCAGAACUCCCCGGUGAUGUCCCCGAACUCGUCCCCCGUGGCCCAGCGCCGGAAGCCCCUCCCUGAAACGUCCGGCAUCCAGCACCUCAGCCUGCCCCCUGUGCCGCCCCGCCUGGACCUCAUCCAGAAGGCUCGCUCGCCCUCGGCCAGCCCCACGGGGUCUCCCAAGUCCUCCCCCGGGAUGUCCAGGAAGCAGGACAAGCCCCUCCCGGCCCCCCCGCCCCCUCAGAGGGACCUGCCCCCGCCUCCGCCCCCCGAGCGGCCCCCGCCCAUCCCGCCAGACGGGCGCACCGCCUGGCUGUCCGUCCCGUCCGCCGGCCUGCCCCGCGACCCCCAGCCGCCCCCGGACGCCCGGUGCCCGAAGGAGAGCGCGCAGGCGGACCCCCGGCCCGGGGGGGAGCACUCCCCAAAGCUGGCCCACGCCGCGCCCGCCCACGUCAACGGGCGACUCUCGGCCGACCCGGGACCGGGGCGGGCCCACCACCGGGCCGACGCGCCGCUGGAGUGCGCCAAGCCUUCCCCCAACGGCCUCCUGCCCAGUGACGAGUACGACGUCCCCCCUCUGCGCCACUCCCCUCCCCCGCCCGCCCUCGCCAGCAGCCACAAGUACACAAACCCCUUCUCCAGCCCCUGUUCCGAAAAAUCCAGGGUGGUGGGCGUUCGCGAGGAAGACGAUUAUCAGAUCCCUUCGUCGCACCCCGUGACUCUGUCACAACCCCCGCUUUGCAUUUCCGUCCGGAUCCCCACCAGGGGCCUAGAGAACGGGCAGUUAGCAAAUGGCUCAUCAGAUCACACCAUGGAGGAGAGGAAGCACAAGCCUUUGGAAUAUGGUGCUCAUUUUGAGUCUGGCUUGUUUGUAUCGGGGGCAUCGCGUCCUGCUUUCUGCCCCUCCCUCAACAGGACGCCCUCAGACUACGACAUUCUGCUGCCCCCUCAAGCAGAGGAUCUCUUCAACAGUGCACCCCCGUCCCAGCCCCCACCUCCACCCCCAGCGCGGCCCAGCUCUGCCGAAUCGUCCUCAUCGCCCUCCUGUUCCCAGGCCGCCCGACCGUCCUCUGGACACGACCACUUCCUGCUCGCCCCCGAUAACUUUUUCGAUGUGCUGAGCGGGACGGCGCCCCUGCCCCCUGUCCGAAGGCUGACGGGGGACAACAUGAAGCCCCCGGGGAGGGCGUCCCCCUCCCAGGAGUACGACCAGCUGCCCCCCACACCAGUUCAGGCACCUGCCAGGCCGCCUAAGCCCUUCCCCCGAAAGACCCCUCCGGACAUGCAUCACAGGAAGGCUCAAGGCCACGAGCCGGCCGGGGAGAACGUGGACGCCAAGAUCGCCAAGCUGAUGGGCGAGGGCUACUCUUUCGAGGACGUUAAGAGGGCCCUGAUGAUCGCGCAGAACAAAGUGGACGUGGCCCGGAACAUUCUGCGGGAGUUUGCCCUGGUGGCCCCCAGACUCAACCUGUAGCCCACGGCCAACGGGUUAAAGAGACUUCAGACUGCUGGUGGGCUGGGAAUCUGAGGGAAAGGGCGGGAGAGGGGGGUCCCUCUUACCGUUCGCACCGCCCCCUUCUGCCAACGGCCGCCGGGGUGGUGGCCGCAGUGAAGAAACCCCGGAGAUAAUUCUAUGUCCUUUCCCACAGGAAUGCUGGGAAGCAAUGCACAGCUAUUUCUUUUAGCCAUAACGAAUCAGGGUCGAACUGAAGAGACGCAUUUACUUUUUAGAAACCUGUGAAAAAAUGAAUUGUUGUUUACAGUGGACAGCUGGGGUCGGUGGACCUCACAGCGCUGGCUUCACCCCUGUCCUGCUGCCGCCUUGUCAAACCGUCCCACACACACACACACACAUAUAAGCACAUACACACGCACACGCACACACACACACACACACACACGCACACGCACA